AUGCUUGUAUCUUUUGGCGGUGUGUUGGUCAUAGUUUAUUUCUCAACUUAAGAUAAUGCUAAAUAGUAAUCCACUGGAAUGGCUCAAGUAUCUUAGUUUAUGUUUAUUACAGCAAUCAUAAUGAACUUUGUCUCGGCAUCAACAUUGGGGCUUACUAGUGUAGUCAUUAGACAGCUUAAAGGAUUGCAUUGGUCUAUCCUUUCGGGCUUUUAAGGUUGCAUGAGUUCAAUAGUUUCUAUAAUUAUCUGGAUAAUCUAUAGAUUUGUAUAUAUGAGAGAAUAUAUCCCAUAUUUUUUUACUCUCAAUGAUUAUCUCUACAUUUUUUGCCUUGGAAUAACUGCGGGGCUUGCUCAAAUAUCUUGGAUUAAAGCACUUUAGUUUGAUAAAGCUGGCAGAUGUGCUAGUCUCACGCUUUUAAAUAUAGUGUUUGGCUUUUUGUUUGAUGUUUUGAUUUUCAACUACAAUUUAAGGAUUUAUGAGAUACUAGGUGGGUCUGUUAUUAUAUUAUGCUCUGCUUUUGUGUUUAUAAUAAAAUUAAGAACUAAAGAUGAAUGA